AUGGCGGUGUGGAUUGAUUCGGUGGUUCUGGUGGUAGUGGUGGUGGGGCUUGAUUCGGUGGUGGCGGCGGCAGCAAUGGUGGUGGUGAUAGAGAACUUGAAACACUUGAAGAUUCAUCUUAGUGAUAUAAAGCUGGCCACCGAUGAUUUUUCAGACACAUACAAAAUUGGAGUUACAGCAUACUGUAAUUUGUAUAGAGCAACUUUUGACUUUGAAAAAACUUCUCCCAUAGAAGCGAUGAAUAAAGGUGAACCACUCAAGAGACACAACAUUGUACUUAUAAAACGCAUACUUUCUAGAGACGAUGAGCAAGGAGAAGGAGCAUUUUUCACAGAACUUGACAUGCUUACUAGUGUUAAGCAUCAUAACAUAAUCACUCUACUUGGAAUUUGUGUUGAAGGUUCGGAGAUGAUCCUUGUCACUGAGAAUGUUUCUAAUAGAUGCCUUGGUGAUCAUUUGGGAAACGUCAAUGACAUGCGUAUUUUGACGUGGGAAAAACGUUUGAAAAUUUGCAUUGAUGUUGCACACGCAUUGAAGUACCUUCACUCAGAGAUGGAAGCCCAAAAGAUGAUAAUAAACCGUGAUAUAAAGAGUGACAACAUUGGGUUAGACGAGAAUUUGAGGGCAAAGAUUGUUGAGUUUGGGCUUUCUGUAUUCUUGCCUCCAAAUCAAAAUGGCGAAGCUCUACAUCUCACAAACAUUGCUGGCACAAAUUACUACAUAGAUCCAGAAUAUGAGAAGAGUGGUACGUUAAAAAGAGAAUCGGAUGUUUAUAGUUUUGGAAUAGUUUUGUUUGAAAUUCUAUGUGGAAGACCAGCCUAUGACCCGAUUUACCAUAAGGAGGGGCUAGUAUCUGUGGCAAGACAAAGUUACCACACUGGAACACUAGAGAACAUAAUAGAUCAUAUAAUAAUGGAAGAAAUUGGUGAAAGCAGUUUUAUUCCUAAUAAAGGACCCAACAAGGGUUCUCUAGAAAUAUAUAUUGAAAUUGCAAAUCGGUGUGUAGCUGCAACUCAAGACGAACGUCCAACGAUGAAAGUCGUCGUUAAGGAACUUGAGAAAGCAUUAUUUUUUCAAACGAGCCAGGAGGAUCGAGUGCAAGGCCCAGAAACAGACCACGUUGUCAGUAAACUUGAGAAAACAAUGGAACUUCAGUUGAAUGAAGAGAACAAUCAUGAGGAUCGAGUGCAAGGCCCAGAAACAGACCACGUUGUCAGUAAACUUGAGAAAACAAUGGAACUUCAGUUGAAUGAAGAGAACAAUCAUGAGGAGCAAACACAACGUCCAAAUACGACCCAAGUAAUUGCUAAACCUAACAAAGCAUUGGAGCUUCAAUCAACGCAUGGAAUUCUAGUAAGACCCUCAUGUUUUUCCUUUCAUCAUUCUCUUAUAUUAAUUAGUUGCACUUAUCCAGAUUAA